AAAUCUUCCUUUUCUUUGUUUCCUGCUACUACUUUUUUAAAAAUGUUUCCUGGUUAUAGUUCUAUUUCUGAUGGUGAUGUUGAAAAACAAGGCUUGCAACCAUCUAAACCCUCUUGUCAAUGCUGGCAACAACAAUGGCAAGAACAAAUCCGUCAACGUAAACAGUCAAGACUGAUGAUCUUUUUGCUGAUCCUUGUCGCCUUUUCCUUUGUGGGCUAUCAUCACUACCAUCAUCAUCGUGUGGAUGCUUUUGACCAUCAUCCUGUGGAUGGAAUGGCUACAUUUACCAAGGAGGAUCCAGUUAAGAUAUGUGCUCAACCUACCGUUCCAUGGGAUGGCCAAACAACUUUUGAAUUCGAUGAAAAGAUCAAACAUUUAGCCAUGUCCCAAAAGACAUUUAAAAGUACGUUGGAGGGUCUACAUCAUGGCAAAAUUGAUGUUCAAGUCAACGAAGCAUUGGAAAAAACCAAAGUAACAUUUGAUAUCAAACUGUCUGAUGAGGCUUUCAAUGAUUAUAUUUGGAUCGAUGAACAUAACUCGGAAGAUACCGUCCGUUUAGUGGUCAGAAGUGAACAUGAUGUACCAUUAUGUUUCCAAAUCAAUGCAGUUAUACAAGUCCCCAACAAGGCAAGUUUGGAUGCGUUAGCUGUAGAGUUUGCGAGUAAUGAUGUCCAGAUCAUCGAUGCUUUACAAUUGCAAGACUUAGCUCUCAGUGUGGUCAGUGGCAACGUCCACAUUGUCCAACCUCUCCAAGCUCGUCAUAUCGAUAUGGCUGCGGCCUCUGGUCAACUGAUCGGUGUGUUUGAUGUGGAUCAAGUUGAUUUCAAAUCUGCUACGGCAUCUGGCAACACAGACCUAACCUUUAUUGGUAUUCAUCCUAUUUCUUCUAUUGACGCAUCCUCUGCAUCUGGCAGUAUUCAAGUUCAAGUGCCUUCUACCUUUGAAAGCAAAAUGGAACUUAGCUGUGUGGUAGGAAAUGUUCAUGUCAAUGCUGUUGAUUCAUCCAAAUUGCAUUACCGUCGUUCUGGUGGUAUCGUUGGUCACACUUUGAAAGGUUACUAUGGAACGGACAGUCAUCCUCCUUCUAACAUCAAGAUCAGUACCGUUUCUGGCAAUGCCAACUUGGAUAUCGUAUAGUGUAUUCUAUUUUAUUUAUUUAUUUAUUUUAUUCCACAGUGAUCUUUGAAUAAAUACAAAAUGAAAAUCUA